AAUGGAACCGAUUAUAACUCCAGUAUCGUCAGCGGAUGUUUGUCGAAUAUGUCAUUGCGAAAGCGAACCAAAUGCCCCCCUUAUAUCGCCUUGUAGAUGUUCGGGAACUCUGAAAUUCGUUCAUCAGUCCUGCCUGCAGCAAUGGAUUAAAAGUUCUGAUACCAGGUUCUGUGAAUUGUGUAAAUACAACUUUCGCAUGAUUACAAAGCUCAAGCCGUUCGUUAAAUGGAACAAACUUGAGAUGACAGCAGUGGAACGCCGUAAAGUUGUUUGUACAGUUACCUUUCACGUUGUCGCUGUCACAUGUGUUCUCUGGUCACUCUAUGUAUUAAUAGAGAGGACAACAGAAGAAGUUCGUGCAGGAGUUCUCGAAUGGCCAUUUUGGACUAAAUUAGUGGUCGUUGCUAUUGGUUCUACGGGAGGACUGGUCUUCAUGUAUGUGCAAUGCAAAAUGUACGUGCAAUUGUGCAAACGGUGGCGUGCGUACAAUCGUGUAAUCUAUGUGGAAGGUUGUCCAGCCCUUCCGCCAAUUCAUAAAGGAAUAACUUCCGCAGAGACUCAGUUGCUCUAG